UCAGUCCCUUCCUUCCUCUCUUCAAAAUGCUGCUCUGAACUGUAUUUUCCCUCCCUCUCUUAUUUUCUGCCUCCUCCCUUUUUUGUGUGAUGAAUCCCUCUCCUCUCUCUGCCUCCGUUAUUCCAGAGAUUGUGGGUGCUGCUGGGUGUGGAGGCUAGCUAGCCGGGGAUCGCAUGCAGGCAGCCUCCCAUCUUUAUCCUCUAUUAGCAGAGAGAACGAGAGAGAGAUGAGGUCUGUGACUGAGGGAAGCAGAUCUGGCUGUACGGUAGAGAUACUAGAGACAUAGACAUGCAGCAGACUGAUCUGUGUUCAUUUUAAGAGCUUGUGCCACAGCUCACAGCAGAAAAUGGUGAUUCUAGCACAGUUCCCCAGCUAAGGCAGGCAAGGGAGCAGACAGACAGACAGACAGACAGCGUUCACGUCACAAACUGGAUCAUGGUUUUAAGGUGGACCAGAAGAUGUAGCUGAGGACGGCAGGCUGACAGAAGGCUGAAGACACUAGAGAAGGUUCUCCGGUGGUUCCUCCAGACGGGGGGGCUUGGGCCCUUGGAGCACCACCUCCAGGGCCUCACCAUGUCCAAGAAGGGGCCCGGGGGGGCCGGGGCUGGGGGCCGAGGCAAGAUGGAGAGGGCCGAUACGCUGGCGGCCCUGCAGGCGGCCAAUGAAGAUCUGAGGGCCAAACUCACAGACAUCCAGAUAGAACUGCAGCAGGAGAAAAGCAAGGUCAGUAAGCUGGAGAGAGAGAAGAGCCAUGAGGUGAGACAUGAGCAGCACAAGUCUACGGUGGUGGUGACUGAGCUGAAGGCCAAGCUCCAUGAGGAGAAGACCAAGGAGCUCCAGGGGCUCAGGGAGACGCUGCUACGGACCCACGAGCUGGAGCUGAUGAGGGUUAUCAAGAUCAAGGACGGAGAGAUCCAGAGACUACAGGCGCUGGUUAAUGCUCUGCGAGAUGGAUCCACAGACAAGGUGAAGACGGCUCUGUUUGCGGAGGCGCGUGAGGAGGCGAGGCGUGGUUUUGAGGGGGAGAGGAGCCGACUGCAGCAGGAGAUCUAUGAGCUGAAGGGGAUGAAGAGACAGAUGGAGGAGGCUCUGAACCUGGCCGUACAGGCAGACAAGACCAAGGCUGCUGAGAUACGCUCCGUCUACCAUAUACACCAGGAGGAGAUCACCCGCAUCAAGAGGGAGUGUGAGAGGGAGAUACGCAGACUGAUGGAUGAGAUUAAGGUUAAAGACAGAGCUUGCUGUGUGCUGGGGAAGGAGCUGGGGGUUCAGGCUGGACACACCCAGAGGCUCCAGCUGCAGAAGGAGGCUGUGGAUGAGCAGCUAGCCCAGAUCAGGAGCAGGGAGGCUGGGGCAGGAGGACACCUCCACAGCCCCAAACGAGACACUCCUUACCCCAGUGGUGCAGGAGACACCUCAGAGAGCCUCGAACAGCAGUUGGAUGAGAAGGACGCUCGGCGCUUCCAACUGAAGAUCGCCGAGCUGAGUGCCAUCAUCCGCAAACUGGAGGACCGCAAUGCCCUCCUGUCAGAGGAAAGAAAUGAGCUGCUGAAGCGCCUAAGAGAGGCAGAGAGCCAGUUUAUGCCCCUGCUGGACAAGAACAAGAGGCUGAGCAGGAAGAAUGAGGAACUGGCCCACGCGUUCAGACGCAUGGAGAACAAACUACGCUUCAUUACAGAGGAGAACAUGGAGAUGAGAGAGAAGGUGGCCACCAAAAGACGGCCCAGCUCUCUAAACGACCUUGACCAGAGUCAGGAGGAGAGAGAGAUCGAGUUCCUCAGACUACAGGUUCUGGAACAGCAGAAUAUUAUUGACGACCUGUCAAAGGCACUGGAGACUGCUGGAUACGUGAAGAGUGUGAUUGAAAGAGAUAUGCUGCUGAGGUACAGACGGCAGGGUACAGGAGUAGGGAAGAAGGUCAUUAAGCCGUGUAAACCGGCGGUAGAGACGUUCUUUGGUUACGACGAAGAGGCUUCUAUAGACUCAGACGGAUCCUCCAUCUCCUUCCACACAGACAGGACACCAUGCACACCAGACGAUGACCCGGAGGAGGGUAUGAUCAGGGAGGAGACAGAGAUGAGGUUUCAUCAGUUGACCAUGGAGUACCAGGCUCUUCAGAGAGCAUAUGCACUUCUACAGGAGCAGGUCGGGGGCACGUUUGAUGCAGAGAAGGAAGUCAAGACAAGAGAACAGUUGCAAGCAGAGCAUAUUAUCUACCAAACCAGAAUACAGGACCUAGAGUGUGUUCUGUCCCAACAAGGACAGGAUAUGAAGUGGAUCGAAGAGAAACAGGCCCUGUUUCAAAGAAAUCAAGAACUUAUAGAAAAGAUCAAGCACGUAGAAACAGAGGAGUCACGUUUAAAAAACGAAUUUCAGGACGCCAGAGACCAAAAUGAACUCCUGGAGUUCCGGAUCCUUGAACUUGAAGAGCGGGAGAGGAGAUCUCCAGGCAUCAACUUCCACGACGUCCACUUCUGUGAAGGCGUCAGUCCACUGCAGGUCUACUGUGAGGCCGAGGGAGUCACAGACAUCGUCAUCACAGAGCUGAUGAAAAAGCUAGAUAUACUGGGGGAUAAUGCCGUAAGUAACCUAUCCAAUGAGGAGCAAGUGGUUGCCAUUCACGCCAGGACUGUCUUAACACUAGCAGAAAGGUGGCUUGAGAAUAUAGAGGUCACCAAAACCGCUUUAGCACAGAAAAGGAUGGACAUUGAAAGUGAGAAGCAUGUGUUUAGUAAACAGAAAGGCUAUCUGGAUGAGGAGUUGGACUACAGGAAACAGUCCAUGGCUCAGGCACACAAGAGGAUCUUGGAGCUAGAGGCGAUGCUGUUUAACGCCCUGCAACAGGAGGCGGGGGCCAAGAUGGCGGAGAUGCUGUCGGACGACGAGAGAGAGAAACUGCGUCGGGCGGUGGAGCAGUGGAAGAGAGCGGUCAUGACGGAGCUCAGAGAGAGGGACUCACAGAUCCUCAGGGAGAGGAUGGAGCUGCUACAGCACUCACAGCAGAGAAUCAAAGAGCUGGAGGAAUGGAUAGCAGCACAGAGAAGACAGAUAAAGGAACUAGAAGAAAAGCCUUUAUUCUUUGGUCAUAGUUCUCCUGGGAAGCCAGCGCAAUCCACAGGUUUCCAGAUUGUCUUCUCCAUUUUGUUCAAGAGGACACGAUUUGGAAUCCAAGCUGGCUCCCAGUGUCCUGAAAGUCUUUCCGAAGACUUCUCCUCACAUGGGAAACCAUUCAACUACGCUGCAACACUGACUUUAAAGAGAAUACUAUGACCAUGUUUUUUUUUUUGUUGUAAGGACAGCAAAACGUUUACUUCAGUAACCUUUUAAACCUGACUGCUGUCCCUCUCUUGAAGUGAUGAUGAUGUUGACGUCUCGAUGGAAGACUUCCUCUCUAUGGAUGAAGACUUCAGUGGAAUUGAAGAACUCCUCAAAAUGGGAGUGUUUUGUGUUUUUUUUUCCCUGCUGAGCAGGUGGUGCUCUGGUCGCUUCCCUUUGGAAGCAUGAAGAAGAAGAAGAGUUUGAUUGAUUGAAACAAACUGUAGUGAAGUCAUCCGGUAGUCCUGCUCGGGGCUUAAACCUGGAACUUUGCUGUCAACCCAACACCUUAGCCAAGAGAUUCCAAAACCUCUUGACGAGGUCACUAGGUGUUUAAGGUUAAACGGUGAAUUGAGAAAUGUUACCAUAGUUCUUAAUGUUCACACACCCCCCACUGAAGCUGAGCGUUUCCUAAAAAUGGACACCAUACCACUGUUUACACCAUCUGACCACGCUGUUAUUACACUCACAGGGAGCUAGCCUCAGCCACAGAAAGAGAGCUCAUCCCCGAAACUUUUAAAAAUGGUGAAAGCCUUCAAUGAUGCCGCCCAUAUUAAAACAGACUUUGUGGCUAGUGUACCCUCUAUCUAUCUCUAUGGCCUCAGCCCUGCCUGUCUAGUCCAGACAUGAUGUGGGACUCAUUAGCUCCUCAAUCUCAGUGUUUGAAAUGAAACCAGAAGCCAAACUGUGGUAAUAUUAGACAUCAUGUAUUUUUUUUUUUAUGUAUUAAAAAAUACAAAGAUUUUAAAAUACAUUUCUCAAAAGAGGAAUAAAUAAAAUGCUAAAUUAGAUAUUUUUUGUUGUUGAUGAAGAAUGAAGGUGCUUUCAAUGCUUUUAGACUUUUUCCAUUUGAUCAGAUUAUGUAAGUCUGGUCUUCCCCCUUGGUGCUUGGGAGAGGGUGGGUUUGCUUCAGAUGGGGACCUUGGUUAGUUCUGUUAUAUCCUGAUGGAGAGGGUGGGUUUGCUUCAGAUGGGGACCUUGGUUAGUUCUGUUAUAUCCUGAUGGAGAGGGUGGGUUUGCUUCAGAUGGGGACCUUGGUUAGUUCUGUUAUAUCCUGAUGGAGAGGGUGGGUUUGCUUCAGAUGGGGACCUUGGUUAGUUCUGUUAUAUCCUGAUGGAGAGGGUGGGUUUGCUUCAGAUGGGGACCUUGGUUAGUUCUGUUAUAUCCUGAUGGAGAGGGUGGGUUUGCUUCAGAUGGGGACCUUGGUUAGUUCUGUUAUAUCCUGAUGAGACAAAUACCUCCCAUUGAAUCUUUAUGACUCAUGUUAAAGCAGAUCAAGUACUAAAUAUGUAUUUUAUGCAUUAUGUUGCCAUUAAAUGGGAUCAAGCCCCGUU